AUGGACGCGUCCAAUAUUCCCUACACCCUCGAGGAGAACUCACCAAAGCCAAAACGGUUCAAUAUUGAAUUGACUCCGAGACGACAUGAACUCCUCUGCACGUAUCUGCUUGGUAUUGGAACGCUGUUUCUUUAUUCCGGAUAUUUGUCUCAGUUGUUCAUUUCGGAAUCCGUCAUCCAUUCUAUUCAUCAGCGAUCACCUGAAACAAUUUCAGAAUAUGCCGGAUACUACGGAGCCGCUUUCCAUUUCUCAGCAUUUGCACUUUUCUCGUUAAUCACCCCGUCACUUCAACACUUCGUUCCAUCUAAAUGGAUUCUAACAAUCGCCUCAUGCUUAUUCGCUGUCUACUAUUUAGGUUUCAUUCAUCUCAAUCGCUAUUAUUUCUAUUUUUCGCAAGCUCUCAUGGGUGUAGGAUAUGCUUUUUACAAUAAUGGCGAAGGGCAAUAUCUGUCGGAGCAUUCGAGUAGAAGAACCAUCGAGUCGAACACGGGAAUUGAGACGGCAGUUGGACAUGCGAGCAUGUUUUUUGGAGGACUCGCACUUUUGGUUCUGUUCAUGUUCGUACCAAACAACCAGAAUGGAAGUUCGAUGACCUACAGCGACGGGAUGAUCUGGGCUAUAUAUGGAACCAUGUUCAUCUUGAACAUCUUCUCAAUUAUUGUGUUCGCUUUUCUCCCAACUAAACAAUAUGACUCGAUUGCUUCGAAAUCAUCAGCAAUUGUGUCUUCAGCAGGAGAUCAAAUAAAAAUGAUGUUCAAAGCUGUCAAAUCACCGAAUCUCAUCCUACUCGUUCCAUUCUUCUUCUACCAGGGUCUCGCAGUUUCAUUCCUGAUGAGCGUUUAUCCAACAACGCUCUCGUUCACUUCCGCGUUUAAAAAUGAUGUCUUCAUUAUCGCAAUCUUCUCGAUUUCGAUGGGAGUCGCUGAAGCUAUCGGUGGCGUAUUCCUUCGUCCGAUGGUAAAACGGGCUGGAGAGAACGGGCUCAACGUGACGAUCGGUGCGAAUUUCUUGACCUACAUCAUUGUGCUUGUUCUUUGCACUUUAACAAUGCCCAAUAUGGCAACAUUGGGACCAACAAAUGAGUCCCCGUUGCUUCUCACGCCAUGCCGAAUUCUCGUGUUUGUCAUCGGAUUCCUCAUCGGAUUCUCGGACUUCUGCAUCACAAUGGCUCGUGCUGUCAUUUGCCAAGUCGCCGUGUCGGAAUGCCGAAUGCAGACGUUCUCGAUUUCAAAGCUAUACCAGAGCGGAGCCUCGGUCGCUGUGCUCCUUUUGACGCCAUACAUGACCGUGUACAUAUGGAUUGCUAGUCUGACGGUCACUCUCAUCCUAGGCACCAUCGGGUUUGUUAUUGUCGCUUAUCGCACGAAGUCUGACAGACAGAAACAAUCAAUUCAACAGCAAAAUCAGGGACCAUUUGAGGAUAACAAAAUCUAA